AUGUUCUCCCGGAUAAAGUCCCCUUCGAGGGGGUCACAGUCAUUUUACCGACAACUACGCUCUGCGGAAGACCCUGAGUAUGAUCCCGGUCUCGAUGAGGAAAACCUUGGUCAUAGGUUUGAUGACUUUCAAACCGAAGGGUUGGAUAUCGGCGACAGUCGCAUGACGGUCGAGAGUGCAGCACUGGGUUCGAAAAGGAAAGGGAAAGCCACAUUUCGAUCAACAGCCCACGUCCGAAGUCCUGGAAGAACAUCACCGCGAUGGCAACAAGAUGACGAAGGAGACAACGAGGUACCCGCAUCGCUACUGAUGGAACCGAAAGAUGUAGACCAGCCUAUAUCAACUCCCAGCAAACGAGCAACCAAUCCUAGAAACUCACAGACUCCAGCAAGUACAGGUCCGUCAUCUGCACGAACAAGGGCCCAAUGGGAAGCGGUAACCACACAACAACAACUCCAUCAGGACGACCCAUAUAAUGAAUCAAUAGGACCACGGCCAAUACCAUUUGCCAGAGGGACUAUGUCGAACAACCCGAGGGAGAAAGCAAUGUGGCGAUGGGUCAACACCUCCAAUUUGGACAGCUUCAUGCGUGACGUUUACGACUAUUUCGAGGGCGGAGGUCUCUGGUGCAUUCUUUGUGCCAACGCUCUAUGGCUUUUCGAAACCCUUUUUGUCGCCGUGAUACUCACUUUUCUCAGCCAGUGCAUUGACUAUUCAAGAGUCCCCAAUAGUAGGUCCUUGCAUGAAGUUAUCGUUCCGCAAUGCACUCGCAAAAUGUCUGGACUAUGGAACUUUGCGAUCUGGCUCUACACAUUUUUCUUCAUCUGGAAAUGUGUUCAGUACUUUGUAGAGAUACGCCGUCUCAUCUACAUCAGAGACUUUUACAUCUAUCUCCUUGACAUUCCGGAACAAGACAUGCAAACUAUCUCCUGGCAGGACGUUGUAGCCCGUAUCAUGGCACUCCGUGAGGAGAACCCGAAAACCGCAACAAACAUCUCCCCAAGACUGCGACAAUUCAUGGGUAGCCAAUCUAAGGAACGGCUUGACGCACUUGACAUUGCCAAUCGUCUCAUGCGCAAGGAGAACUACCUCAUAGCGAUGAUCAACAAGGAUAUCUUGGAUCUGUCCUUGCCGUUGCCUUUCCUUCGUGGCCGUCAAAUGUUCUCAAAGACUAUGGAAUGGUAUCUGCAAUAUUGUAUCCUCGACAUGGCCUUUAACGAGCUCGGGCAGGUCCAGCAAGACUUUCUGCGCCCUGAUCGUAGACAUCUACUGAGUCAGAAGUUGAGACAGCGCUUUUUAUUUGCAGGUUUUCUCAAUCUCUUGUUUGCGCCAGUUGUGCUCGCAUACGUUGUCAUCGUCUACUUCUUCACAUAUUACUAUGAAUACCAAAAGGACCCCAAACAAGCUGCGGCGCGUAAAUACACGUCUUUGGCAGAAUGGAAGUUUCGCCAAUUUAACGAGUUGCCACACAUAUUCUACGAGCGGCUGCACAUGUCGUAUCCAUUCGCAACUCGAUAUAUUGACCAGUUUCCGAAAAGAAUCACAGAAGCAGUCGCCCGAACUAUAGCCUUCAUGUCGGGUGCUAUCACUGCCAUCCUGGCAAUUGGCUCUGUUCUCGAUUCGGAGCUUUUCCUCAAUUUUGAAAUUACCAAAGACAGGCCUGUAAUCUUCUAUCUCGGCGUAUUUGCUGCUAUUUGGGCGACGACUCGCGGCAUGGUGUCCGAGGAAACACUGGUAUUCAAUCCAGAAUACGCACUGCGGAAUGUCAUCGAAUACACACGCUACGUGCCGGACCACUGGAAAAACAAACUCCAUAGUGCUGAGGUGAAGCAGGAGUUUUCGGAACUUUACAAGAUGAAAGUGGUCAUAUUUCUGGAGGAGAUGAUGGGGAUAAUCACGACGCCCAUGCUACUUCUAUUCUCACUUCCUAGAUGUAGUGAUCAGAUUGUUGAUUUCUUCCGGGAAUUCACAAUUCAUGUUGAUGGACUCGGCUAUGUUUGUUCGUUUGCGGUGUUCGACUUCCAAAAAGGUCCUGGUAAUACCGGACCACAAGGGCCUCGACCAGAUGUCCGCGAGGACUAUUACUCCACAAAGCAUGGGAAGAUGGCGGCAUCUUACUACGGCUUCCUCGAUAACUACGCAGCAAACCCUAAGACUGGUAUUCCUGGUCACCUUCCCCCAGGACCAAAACCAUCAUUUCAUCCUCCACCGUCAUUCCCUGGACUCGGUUCCCCAACAUUGGCGGCAGAUAUGCAGGGCUCUCAUGUUGGCCGAACAGGGACGGAGACGGGACGUGCCAGAAGCCGAGCCCCUGGUGGACGCGGCCCACGUAUCGGGGUUAUGCCACAACCUUCUCCAAUGGCGUCUAUGCUGCUUGAUCAGCAUCAUCAACCCUCCGGGGGCAAUAUGGUCGCACGGAGUCUGUAUGCAUCAAGGUAUCCACGAGGGUAUCGGGGGGAGAGCCAAAUUAUCGAAGAGACUGAAGCCAGUGCCAUCAGGCGAAGCGGGGAAGAUGAUGAACUGUAUGAGCCAGGAGGCGCGCUGGGUGAAUCGGUAUGGGAGACCUCUCCAGCAAGAGGCGUGACUCGGGAGAACAGUGCUGCCAAUACUGAAGAUCCCGAAGCAGGUGUGUUGGGUUUGAUAUACCAACUUCAACAAACUCAACGUCCCCGACGAGGCGGCGGAAUGGUAUGA